CAAUAAUGACACGAGCACCAAGUGGAACUGAUUGAGAUCGAGGGAAACCGGCGGAAUCCCCAUUUUCGAGCUGUUCUCCCCCUUGGUGCCACUCAAUUCCCAGCAAAAUGCGGGAAGCCCCGGCAGGAAAUCCGGAACCCAGCAGCACCGAAGGCAACUGCUCCGUUGAGAAUGGCAAUCGCCAGGAUCAGAACCUGGAUGAGCACCCGGUGGAUGCGGAGCGGGAGGCGGAGGCCAACGACGCCAAUUGCACAAUCUGUGGCGCCGCCAAGGCCUCGGCUCUCUUGGAUCUGCGCUCCAACCAUGUGAUGCAACGUCGCCUGAGUCGCGACUGGAAGAUCCAGGCCGAUGUAAUCCGAUCCACUUUGAAGGCCAUUUGCGUAGAGUGCGUUUGCAAGUUGAACAUGCAUUCGGAGGUCACUCGAUCCCUGAUGCAACGCAUGCAGCGGCUGCAGCGUUCGGGCGGAGGCGUCACCACCGUGACAACGACCACUACUUCGCCCGCCCACCACAGUCCACCCAUUGCCGAUGCGGAGGUGUCCACCACUUUGGUCGAGAGCCAAGAGGACGUGGCCGAAACAAGGCAGAGCGGUCGCAGCUCCUCCUGCUCCGUGCUGGAAGUCUACCUCGCUCAGCAGCCCUAUUCUCCUUCGGCCAAGGAGCCGGUGGAGAAGCAUGCGGAGGGUUGGAAGUGGCGGACGCGGCUGGAGUGCCACGAGUGCGGAGGGGCUUACUUCCGGCGGGAUUACUAUGCCAUGCACCUGCGCCGCUGCACUAAAACACGCCGGUCGCAGCCCCGCCCACCGCGCGCCAAGUGUCGUGUGCUGAACGAGGCCAGCUACGAUGAAGAGGCAUCUUCCGGAGUCACCCGUUCCUCGAGAAAAUACUACUGCCGACAUUGUGACGAGGAAUUCGAAUCGACGGUCAGUAAAAGGCAGCACGAGCGACUGAAGCAUCAGCAGCGGUUCGCCUGCGACCUGUGCGACGCCCAGCUGGACACCAAGUACGAGUGGGAGAUGCAUCACACCAUCUGCCAAGCCAAGCAGGAGGCCUUAAGCGCCCUGCAGCAGGAGGAGUCUGGACAAACCGUGCCGUCUUCCCGGACGCCAAGGGCUCGCUCCCUGCGCUCUCGCUCACGGGCCUGUUCGGAAGCCUGGGAUAAGUACAAUAUGGAUACUAGAACCGAAGAGGAUGGAGAGGUCGAAAGCGAUGAGGAUGAGCGGGAAGAGGGCGAGGAUGAGCAAGAGGAUGCCAUGUACACGCGACGCAUGAAUUUCACCGGCGACUGGAUCGUGAACCACAGUCGCAGCAAUAGCAAUAGUGCCGGGAAUCUAUCUCUCCUGUACGGCGACUAUGGACUGGUGGAAACGCACAUGACCACCGACAAGGAGUACGACCUAUACCUACUUGAUCUGCUCAAGACGCAGGUGCGACUGAAAGCUUUCUCGUGUUUUACCCCAGGCUGUGGCUACCAGACGGAUACCCUGGUGGCUCUAAUGAAGCACGACUACAUGGAGCACUACAAGAUGAGCUGGUUCUACUGUCACAAGUGCGGUGAUGUGUUUACGAGCAAGGUCUUCCUGGACUACCAUAUGCAUCUCCAGAACCGUGGCCUCUAUGUCUGCCACAAGUGCCGCGAAGAGUUCGAGCUGCAGCACCUGUUGGACCGCCACUUCCAGCUGCACAAAAAGGGCAUCAACUACCACUGCAACUUCUGCCGGUUGGAGUUUCUCAGCGAGGCCAAGCUGCUGGCCCAUUGCAAACAACGAGGGCACAGUCCCAACGAUGAGCCCCUGAUCAGUAUAGACCGCUCGCUCUCAAUCGUCAACUGCCAUGGGUCCCGGCAAGAGGACUAUCCUCCAAUCUGCAAGACGUACGAAGAGCGAGAGUUUUAUAUUCCGAGGAUACCGGUGCCCUCGAUGCAGCCCAUGCACUUGCCCCAACAUAAACCCUUUCGUUUUGCCAUUGGCAUUUGCGAUUUUGACGAGCGAAAUCCGAACUGCGUGGGAUGUCACUGAAUCUGCAAUAUUAACGAGUAGGUCAUUUUAUCUAGCACUAGCUUAGUAAAAUUCAAAUUUGUAUUUUUUAUAAUAAAUAUUGUGCCGUUGUCGAAAGGAAAACACA